AUGACUCUUCUUAGUCGACUAGAAUCAAAGGAAGUGGAGGAAUACAAACGUGUAAACAAAGUUCUUUUGGAAAUUCGAAAUCAAGUGAAGAAUUGGCAAAGAUUAGACAAGAGUGGAACAUACAAUUUAAUUCCUAAUUUACUCACGGCAAAAUCUAGAUUAUACAGAAAUAGUGAAAAUAUAACAAUUGUUACUCAGUGCUCUUCCAAUCAUUUGCAUAAUUUAGUUGAAUUGACAGAGAGGUGGGAGGGGCCAGUGUCUGUCACUGUAUUUACAUACGAUACAGAUAUUGAGUUUACAAUGAAAUCUCUUGCCUAUUAUCAUGUUUGUAAUAAGCGUAUUCAUAGAUCUGUUACAAUUCAUGUGGUCUUUCCCAUAAAAAGAGCACCUUUGACAGAUGAUCAGCAAAUUAUUGAAUCUUUUGAUUGCAGUUCUCCACCAGUUAAAGUGUCUAAUGAUAAUUAUGAAAUUCAAGAUUUAGAAUAUCCACACAAUUUGUUACGAAAUCAAGCAAUAAAAAAUUCAAGAACAACUCAUGUCUUAGUGCUAGAUGUAGACAUGUUACCAUCAGAAAAUAUUGGAAACGUCUUCCGAAAUAUUCAACAAAAAUACUCCUUCCUGAGAAACUCUAAAUUUGUCUUUCGAUCAGCCUAUGUUAUUCCUGCUUUUGAAUUAAAAGAUGGACAUAAAAUACCCUCUGAUAAACAGGAAUUAUUAAAAAUGUGGGAUGACAAUCUAGUCAGGCCAUUCUAUAAAGAAAUGUGUUGGAAAUGUCAAAAAUAUACCGAUUAUGAGCAAUGGCGCCAACUGACUCCUGGAGAUAGUUCUUAUUAUAAUGUAGAAUGGCAUGAUCCUUGGGAACCAUUUUUUAUUGUGGCCAAAUCUCUUCCACUUUAUGAUGAAAGAUUUAAACAGUAUGGAUUUAAUAGGAUUAGUCAGGUUUGUGAGAUGUAUAUUGCUGGAUAUCAGUUCACUGUGUUAUCAGAUGUGUUUCUAGUUCACAAAGGAUUCAAACAACCUGGACAUUUUCACAAAACUAAAGAUGAAGAACAACAAAAAAAUAAACUUUUAUUCCGGAAAUUUAAGGAAGAAUUAAAAACCAAGUAUGAUGAUUCUAUUAGACGCUGUUGA